AUGUCGAUGAUUUUCGCUGCUUCGCGUGCUUCGCUCCGUGCCGCCCAGGCGCCCUCGAUGGCUCUUCGCCGCUCGCUCCACAUCGAGAACACCGUGGAAAAUGUACGCUCGUAUGUACACAGCCUGCCGUUCAAGGCUAGCAAGAAGAACAAGGGCAAGGUGGCCUUUGGCGUGUCUGCCUUCUUUGUGACGGGUCUUUCGCUCCCGGUGGUCGCUGGCCUCUGGCAGUUGAACAAGCAGUAA